CUAUAUAUUUAAGAUUUAAUUGAAUUUUUUGUGUUUUAGCCUAGUAAUAUUUACACCAUGACAUGGCCAUAUAAUUAUAUAAUGUAGAAUAUACUAUAUUUGUUUACUAAUAUUUGCACAUGUGUUCUUAAAUAACGAAAGAAUGCUUUAUUGUUGAAAACGAUUUUCAUUUGAACAUGGUAUUAUUUUGCACGUCAUUUCAAAAGGUCGCACCUCAGAACGACUCGUUUGCAUUUUCUACUUCACUCUCAGUAAAAUACAACACUGUACAGAAGAAACGAGAAAUAACGGAAUAAUUUUUGUUUUGCUAGUCAACAUUUGUUUAUGUGUCAAUUUGUAAAAUAUUAAAUAAAUUAUUUAAAAUAUUAAGAAAAACCAACAGAUAGAUAAAAUAAGUACCUAAAUAAAUAGUUAUCAACUCUCAAUAGGUGUUCUGUGUUAAGUGUUUGUCACGGUUAAAUUAAACGAGAGGGAGCUACUGUGAUUGGAAUUCAUUCUCAUCUGGACCGUUGCGAACUUUUUUCGAGGCAGAAAUUUGUCUUCCUUGGCAUUCUCGAGAAACAUAACCUAAAAUAUAUUAAUCUCGAUUGUGAAAAAAAUGAAAACAUUUCGAACAAAAAUGAUAUGCCAUUUACAGAUUAUAUAUCACUCAAAUCCAGAGACCGAUUGAACUUAGUCUAAAGCAGAGGUCACGACUAUUGGGAAUAUUUUCCAUUAUCCCAUUCCAAAACGUCGUUUUUUUGUAUUUCGUGUGAAUUGUUUUAGUCCAUUAUCGCUUGUCCCAGUUAACUCAUUACUUCGUAACUUUUUCCUGUGAAAGUAAAUUACCGAAAUUUCUGUGCUCCGUGAUUUGUUUGCCCGUUUUAAACGUCGUUCUUUGUAUCGUCGCGAGUGUUGUGAAAAAAUUUGAAUUUUAACUAAUAUAAACUAUGGAAACUGCUUCCUUGGCAAGUAAUACCCCAACCACCCAUCUAGGCAAAGAUGUUGCCUGGAAAUCUAAUAAACGUUUUUCCGAACGUGAGUGUUCUGAUUUGGAUGAUGAUGACACAAGCUCAUCAUCGUCCAGUGAUUUAGUCAUGGAUCAGGGCCAAUCGAAACGUUUUAAGGCAAUGAUGACCUCAUCGACCAGUUCGUCGGAUUCGUGUUUUGAGUCGCCAGUGAAUUUAAAUGCAAUGCUACGACAAAAACGUCUCUUUCAACAUGAGCCACGUUUUCAGGAGAUCCAAGCUCAUAUGGUUCUCUCUCCAAUAUCUGAGUUAUCAAUGAAUUUGACUGAUACUUCUUUGAAUGCUGAAGUCGAUCAUGGCUUCGAAGAUUGUACGACACCUUUGAAACGUUUACGAAAUGGUCUGCUUGGUGCUGGUGGCGGCGGUGCUCUAAAGAACUUAAAGGAGCCGGAUGAAGAUGGCAGAAUCCUGGCAACAAAGGACUAUUGUAUGACCAGUGAUAAAUUAGGCGACGAAGAAGAUUUCCAAAUCCAAAGAACUGCCCGCAAUCCUCUGUCACGCCGCUUGAAUUUGGAUGCUUCCAUGCCAGACAUGACCAUGGAUGAAUUGUCUUUCUACGGUGACGAUCACUCCUCACAGGAUCGUCACUUCACAGCCAGUCCACAAUUGAUGGGUCUUCUGUCCCCAGAAGGUUCACCCGAACGCUUCCAAAUUGUCGACAAAUCCAACAAAUUCUUGCACAGCCGCAAGGCCUUGACUCUCAAAACAGUGGCCGUGAAAAAUGCCAACAACACAGUCACCAGCUCCAACACUCCCUCAAAGGGUAGCUUCCGUGUAUUCCAAAGCUUGUCCUCCACCGGCUCCAUGGAAUCGUCCAUGGAUGAUGAAUACAUGGAAUUUUUCGAUAUGGAAAAUCUUGAACCCCAGCAACAACAGAAUUUCCCCAGCGAUUUGAGCUCUCUGAUCAGUGGUCAAAUCAUCAAGAACUCCCCCGUCAAAACUCCAGAAAUGCGCCGCCCCUCCGUGAGACGUUGUUUGAGCAUGACUGAAAACAACCAAUACACAUCCAAGACCCCCGAAAGUAGUCUAAACGCUGCUGCCAACAACAACUCUGCCUCCCGUUUGAACGGCAGCUUCAAGCGUCCCGAACCACCAUCCACCACUUGCUCUCCCAUCCAAAGCAAGCGUUACCGUGGCGAUGAAAAAGAAAACUUAGAUGGUUCAUUCACUGGUCUGCAAAACAAAAACACCUCCCCCAGCACCACAGCCGCUCCCCGCCCCAGCCUGCGCAAAUGCAUGUCCAUGAACGAUGCCGAAAUUAUGUCUGCCCUCAACCGUUCGGAAAACAAUGACGAACCCGAUUUAAUCGGUGAUUUCAGCAAACCCUAUGUCUUGCCCCUGAUUCCAGGACGUCAUCGUGAUCUCAAGUCGAUUAGCAGUGAAACCGUAGCCCGUCUCUUGCGUGGUGAAUUCGAUGAUAAAGUAGCCAACUACAGAAUCAUCGAUUGCCGUUACCCCUAUGAAUACGAGGGUGGUCACAUCCGUGGCGCCAAGAACCUCUACACCCAAGAACAAAUCAUCGAGGAGUUCUUGUCCCAACAAAUGACUGAAAUGCAACAGGCCCGCAAUGAAGCCUCCGGCAACAAGCGCAAUAUCAUCAUCUUCCACUGUGAGUUCUCCUCCGAACGUGGACCCAAAUUGUCGCGCUUCUUGCGCAACUACGAUCGUGCACGCAAUACCAACGCCUACCCCGCCUUGGAUUAUCCCGAGGUCUAUCUGUUGCACAACGGCUACAAAGAGUUUUUUGAAAAUCACAUUGAGCUCUGCGAACCCCAUGCCUACCGCCCCAUGUUGGAACCAGCCUACAAUGAAGAAUAUCGCAUCUUCCGUGCCAAGUCAAAGUCAUGGAAUGGUGAUUUGGGUGGCGGCACUACCCGCAUGAAGAAGUCUCGUUCCCGUUUGAUGCUGUAAACGGUGUAGCCAACACCAACAGCCUGACAACUUGAACAACACCCGCCCAAACAAACGCUAAUCUAUGUAAAAAAAUAUUUGUCAUUGUUAUUGUCAGUUUUAGUUAUUAUUUGAUUAUUAGUUCGUUUUGUUGAUUUUUAUUUCUUGACCCCGUCGCUCCCCUUUUGAGACAAUUUCCUCAUUUUUAUUUUAUAUUGAAUUUUUAUUUGCAAUUGAUGAUUGUAUUUGUAAAAAGAACCCCCACCCCCAACAAUUGUAGGAAGCUCAACCUUUUUGUAAACAAAUGAUGUCCCAACCCCUUUAGUAUUUUAUAAGAAUUAUUAUUUAUUUUUUAUAAUUUUAGUUAAUUUAUAGAAUUUGCAUUUAUUUUUUAGUCGUCAUUUUCUCAAAUACCACAUUUUUAGUUGAAUUUGUGUAUAGUUUAAAAUUUUCCCAAUUCCAAUUCAUUUAAAUUGUGUGCAUUAGAAUAACCUCAUCGACCCCCCCCCCUAUUCAUCUCAUCUACUCGCCCCCCCCCCAAAACAUUAAUCCCAAAAAACACAAAGAAGCUUAAAAUUUUAAUUUUAACAAAUCUUUCGUAAAGUUGAAAACUUUUUACGCACAAUUACGCUUAUUUUUUAUGUUAAUUCUAUUUUUAUUUAAUUUUAAUGAUUUUUUAUUUAAAGCAAAGCUUUUUUGUAUCAAAAAAUGCAAUAUAAGAAAUUAAACAAAAAUCGUCGAAAAGAAAUUACAAAAAAACCAAACAAAAAAAUAAAUAAAUAAAAAAAUGUUAUGAAAUAUAAACAAA